GGCUCCGACUAUAUAAACCCUUGACAAAUCUCGCAACCUUCCCUCUCUCUCUCUCUCUCCGCCACUCUCACUCGAGACCUGAACACAAACAUGGCUUUGCCGAAUCAGCAGACCGUGGAGUACCCUAGCUUCAAGCUUGUAAUCGUUGGUGAUGGUGGAACUGGGAAAACAACCUUCGUAAAGAGGCAUCUUACUGGUGAAUUCGAGAAGAAAUAUGAACCUACUAUUGGUGUUGAGGUCCAUCCAUUGGACUUCUUCACCAACUGUGGAAAAAUUCGCUUCUACUGUUGGGAUACUGCCGGGCAAGAGAAAUUUGGUGGGCUCAGAGAUGGAUACUAUAUCCAUGGGCAAUGUGCGAUUAUCAUGUUUGAUGUUACUGCCCGUUUAACAUACAAGAAUGUCCCAACAUGGCACAGGGAUCUUUGCAGGGUCUGUGAAAACAUACCAAUUGUGCUGUGUGGAAACAAAGUUGACGUGAAGAACAGGCAGGUUAAGGCCAAGCAAGUCACUUUCCACAGGAAGAAGAAUCUGCAGUAUUAUGAAAUUUCAGCUAAGAGCAACUAUAACUUUGAGAAGCCUUUCCUAUACCUCGCCAGGAAGCUUGCUGGGGAUCCUAAUCUGCACUUUGUUGAAUCCCCUGCCCUGGCUCCUCCAGAAGUUCACAUUGAUUUGGCUGCACAGCAGCAGCACGAGGCUGAGCUUGCUGCAGCUGCUAGUCAGCCCCUCCCCGAUGAUGACGAUGAUGCAUUUGAGUAGAUGUGAAGAUUGUCGGUGGGGUGUGUUGUGUGUGGGUUUCAUUAGUAAUAUUUGUGGGUCUUUUGGGCUGUUUCUUCAAAGACGGAACUGCUGGUGUUGCUAUUUGUAAGAGUUUCCUUGUGUUAUUGAGGAUGUGAAUUUGCGGAUGCCAAGUUCUAUUGUUUUACUUGUUUGAUUUCUAUAUUACAAAUUGCCUUUGUAUCAGCCUUUCUUAAUGUUCACUACUGAAUUGCUGGUAUAAUGAGUUCUGUGGUUCUCUCUA